UAAUUAUUUUUUAUUUUAAUAAUGGCAAGAAGAGGUCAAUAACCACCACCAUAAUAACAAUAAGCUCCACCAACUCAAAAAAAUUAAGCAGGAAAAUUCAACCCUGCUGAGUUUGUGAAACCAGGAUUGACAGAAGAAGAGGUUUUGGAAAUUAAGGAGGCUUUUGACUUAUUUGAUACAGAUGGUACUUAAUCUAUUGACCCAAAGGAAUUAAAGGCUGCUAUGACAUCAUUGGGAUUCGAAGCCAAAAAUCAAACAAUCUAUUAAAUGAUUAGCGAUUUGGAUACAGAUGGAAGUGGUCAAAUCGAUUUUGCUGAAUUUUUGAAAUUAAUGACAGCAAGAAUUAGUGAAAGAGAUUCUAAAGCUGACAUUCAAAAAGUCUUCAAUCUUUUUGAUUCAGAAAGAGCUGGUGUUAUCACUUUGAAGGAUCUCAGAAAAGUAGCAAAAGAAUUAGGAGAAACAAUGGAUGACUCCGAAUUAUAAGAGAUGAUUGACAGAGCUGAUUCUGAUGGGGAUGCUUAAGUGACAUUCGAAGAUUUCUAUAAUAUAAUGACCAAAAAGACAUUUGCAUGAUUCAAAUCAAUAACACAUAUAAUAUAACAUAAAUAUAUCAAUCUUAUUGAUGAUAAAUAUAAAAGAAAA